UCUCUCUCUCUCUCUCUCUCUCUGUCUCUCUGUCUCUCUGUCUCUCUGUCUCUCUGUCAUUUAUUCACUUCCCAGUCUGUAGGAAGGAGCAGAGAAAAAAUAGUCCAGCUUUACUUGACAGACCUUACCAAGCACAGACCAAAUAUCAGCAAGGCCGCUUGCUCGUGAAAUUGAGAGAGUAUUUUAGGAAGUUUUUGUGUUUUUAAAAAUAAUUUCAGGAUUCCGUUAUCGCUGGAAAUAAUUUAUUAUUGGCGGGCACCAGUUGACUGCGGUGAGGAUUUUUAUUGUUUCGUGGCAUGAUGAAUAUACGAGACUAUGCCCCACCUCGGCCACAGGAUAGACAAUCCUUUCACAAAUACAAGAAGCUGUACAUUCUGAAAUGGAUUUGUGUCAUUGUUACCUCGCUUCUCGUGUCGUCUGCUGCCGUUGUCGUAAUUGUUCACAUUGUGUUGGCGGACAAGGCUGAUGUACUGAGCAUUAUAAACCAGGUGACCACCAAUAUCAGCAGCCGGUUGUCUGACGUGCAGGAAAAGUUCGACAACCUGGAGGAGAUCGUGUCAAGGGUGGAGGAUGACGUCAGGGCGCGAAGUGACCUUAAGCUCUGCUCCCACGGCAACGGCUGUCGGCUGACCAGUAGCUAUAAGGCUUGCUUUCAUUUCAACUGGCGUACUAUUCGACCCUAUAUAUGGAUUGGUGAAAUUCAGUUUGAUUGGCUCCAAGGGCUUCUUGAUGGCCAGUUUCCUCCACUGUGGAAGAGACCUGUUGAUUUGAUUUUCUUCCUUUAUUUCUUCGUUGCUAUGCAAAUUGCAAUGAUGCGAGCUCUUGCUAUUCAUGGUGCUAAUGUGUCUUUCAUCAAGCAGUACGUGAAGUUAGUUGAACCAUACCUCGGUGAUCCCAGUGGAGCUCCUAAAUUCCAGAUGCUGACGUACGAUUACCUCUAUGUGUGCUACUACAUUUUCGCUAUGUACGGUGUCUGGAGUCCUGGACAGCACUGGAUGGGAGAUUUCUCCCUUGUACAUGCUGGAGCUGCGGGACAGGCCCAAUUCACCUACCUGGCCGGAGCUCUCAACUCUCGUACUUCCAAGAGCCUGCGACCUCCUAGUGGUGGAAAGGGAGCUAUUAUAUUCUGGGCGGUCAACGGAAUCUUGUUCGUCAUGCCCCAUCUGUUUGCCUUCUUCACGCAGCGCGAUACUGAGAAGUUUGGAAGGACACAGACCAUUGACUUUGCCAGCCCAGUGAGAAAGUACGAGCACAAAUUCAAAGAGACUCGUAGUGGGAGGAAGCUAAAAUAGGUCUCAUAUUGCUUGUGGCUCUGUUGAUGACUGGUUGGUUGCAAAGAUGCACACUCAAAAUGUAAUUCUCUUCUUAUACUACAACAUGUAUAUACAUUUUGUUUUGCUGUU